AUGAGGCCGGGUGGCGCUACUGGAACAGGUACUGUUACUAUAUCUCACGUGCUAAAGCGAAAUCCUGGACGGAUGCCAAUUCCACCUGCAGUCGAUAUAGAGGUGCUGAACUUGUUUGGUUUGAAAGCCUGGAAGAACUGGCUAACUUUUAGAAAGAGAAGCAGUUGGCUGAGAUGUAUUGAAAUGCCAGCUGGCGAACUUGUCUCUGCAGCAAACUGUAGGAUAGCCAAGAAAUGGAUGUGCAAGAAGCCAGCAGAACCAGAUCUUGAUUUGUUCAUAAGCAUCUGGGAUGCAGUGGUGAUCUUGCCAACUUCAGCAGUAUCAGCUAAAUACGCUAACCACACAUUGGCCAGACAUAUCUGUGUAAUGCAGAGGUCCAGAUGCAUUGGCUAUGUGUUAUGGCAAGACAGUUAUUUCCUAAUACAUGACUCUGAAUUUGUUAUCAGUGGAUUUGCACAAAGCGCAACAUACUUAAAAUCAGCUUGUGAUUUUGGAUACUACGGACCGUCUUGUGAAAAGGAAUGCCCAGACUGCUACUGGGACAAGCCGUGCAAUAGCAUAUCUGGAAAGUGUGAGGACACUGCAGUUUGUACUGAGCCAGAGGAUGUAGGUGUCUGUAAUUUAGGUAAAACUUUUUUUUUAAAAAAGUCAGAUGUGUCUGAAAGUGGGAAUUGA